AUGCCUGAAGUACCUGUAUCUGCCGCCGACACUAGCAUCAACGCCAACGGUGCCCACGAUAACGCCAGUCCUACCAGCGCAGCCCCCGAACCCGAUAACACACAGCCGGAUGGUCCCGGGCCUAGCAGCGACGGCGCAGAACCAGCACCUGAGACUCCCUUAGAGAGCAACAUCCAGCCCUCAAACCCACCCCCCGAGGUCGCCGACCCAGAGACUCCAGAACCACCCCCAGCCCCAGCCCCAACCUCCGAAGCAUUCGAGGGCCCUCCAUCUCCCCCACCAAACGCCGAACCCGCAACUCCCCAAUCAAAAGACCCCGAGUUGGCAUUAGACCAACCCCUGCCCCUAACCUACUGGCUCCUCGCCGGCGGCACCGGCCCGCCGCCCACGACAGGGAAAUUCCUACGCAUGACGAGCGAACGCAACGCCGUCUCCCUGGAGGCGGAAGCACGAGCAGCUGCUCGAAAGCAGGCGCGCGAGGAGCGCAAAGCGUAUCUCGCCGCUUGGGACAAAGAAUGGGGACCCGGGGGCGUUAGGGGGUUGCUAGCGAGGGCGUUUGGGAGCAAGAAGAGCAAGGCUCGGAUACCCACUUAAGACAGAUA